CACAGUCUCCGGGAUCCCCAGGCCUGGAGGGGGGUCUGCGCGCGGCGGGCUGGCUCUGCCUCCCUGUCCGGUCCCGAGCGGGCCUCCCUCGGGCCAGCCCGAUGUGACCGGGCCCAGCAGAGCCUGAGCAAGGAGCGGGUCCGUCGCGGAGCCGGAGGGCGGGAGGAACAUGACAUCGCGGAGAUGGUUUCACCCAAACAUCACUGGCGUGGAGGCCGAAAACCUGCUGUUGACAAGAGGCGUUGAUGGCAGUUUUUUAGCGAGGCCCAGUAAAAGCAACCCUGGAGACUUCACCCUUUCCGUCAGAAGAAAUGGCGCCGUCACCCACAUCAAGAUUCAGAACACUGGUGAUUACUAUGACCUGUACGGAGGAGAGAAGUUUGCCACUUUGGCUGAGUUGGUCCAGUAUUAUAUGGAACAUCAUGGGCAAUUAAAAGAGAAGAAUGGAGAUGUUAUUGAGCUUAAAUAUCCUCUGAACUGUGCAGAUCCUACCUCUGAAAGGUGGUUUCAUGGACACCUCUCUGGGAAAGAAGCAGAGAAAUUACUAACGGAGAAAGGAAAACAUGGUAGCUUUCUGGUACGAGAGAGCCAGAGUCACCCCGGAGAUUUUGUUCUUUCUGUCCGAACUGGUGACGACAAAGGGGAGAGCAAUGAUGGCAAGUCGAAAGUGACCCACGUCAUGAUCCGCUGUCAGGAACUGAAAUAUGAUGUUGGUGGAGGAGAACGGUUUGACUCUUUGACAGAUCUUGUGGAGCAUUACAAGAAGAAUCCCAUGGUGGAAACACUGGGCACAGUACUACAACUCAAGCAGCCCCUCAACACAACACGUAUCAAUGCUGCUGAAAUAGAAAGCCGGGUUCGAGAGCUAAGCAAAUUAGCUGAGACCACAGAUAAAGUCAAACAAGGCUUUUGGGAAGAAUUUGAGACACUACAACAGCAGGAGUGCAAACUUCUCUACAGCCGAAAAGAGGGUCAGAGGCAAGAAAAUAAGAACAAAAAUAGAUACAAAAACAUCCUGCCCUUUGAUCAUACCAGGGUUGUCCUACACGAUGGCGAUCCCAAUGAGCCCGUUUCAGAUUACAUCAAUGCAAAUAUUAUCAUGCCUGAGUUUGAAACCAAAUGCAACAAUUCAAAGCCCAAAAAGAGUUACAUUGCCACGCAAGGCUGCUUGCAAAACACGGUGAAUGACUUUUGGCGGAUGGUAUUUCAAGAGAACUCCCGAGUGAUUGUCAUGACAACGAAAGAAGUGGAGAGAGGAAAGAGUAAAUGUGUCAAAUACUGGCCCGACGAGUAUGCUCUGAAAGAAUAUGGGGUCAUGCGUGUUAGGAACGUCAAAGAAAGUGCUGCUCAUGACUAUACAUUAAGAGAACUUAAACUUUCAAAGGUUGGACAAGGGAAUACAGAGAGAACCGUGUGGCAAUACCACUUUCGGACCUGGCCGGACCACGGAGUGCCCAGUGACCCUGGGGGCGUGCUGGACUUCUUGGAGGAGGUCCACCAUAAGCAAGAAAGCAUUAUGGACGCAGGGCCUGUGGUCGUUCACUGCAGUGCUGGAAUUGGCCGGACAGGGACGUUCAUUGUGAUUGAUAUCCUUAUUGACAUCAUCAGAGAGAAAGGUGUCGACUGUGACAUUGAUGUUCCCAAAACCAUUCAGAUGGUGCGGUCUCAGAGGUCAGGGAUGGUCCAGACAGAAGCACAGUAUAGGUUCAUCUAUAUGGCUGUCCAGCAUUACAUCGAAACACUACAGCGCAGGAUUGAAGAAGAACAGAAAAGCAAGAGGAAAGGGCAUGAAUAUACAAAUAUUAAGUAUUCUCUAACGGACCAGACAAGUGGAGAUCAGAGUCCCCUCCCGCCUUGUACCCCAACACCAUCUUGUGCAGAAAUGAGAGAAGAUAAUGCUAGAGUCUAUGAAAAUGUGGGUCUGAUGCAGCAGCAGAAAAGUUUCAGAUGAGAACACCCAGCAAGACUUCAGCACAGACACAGAUGUGGACCUUUACCCUCUCCCUGAAAAGAUCAAGAACAGAUGAAAGAAAGUACAUGCGAAGAAUGAAUUUGAAUUUGGAAGGCUUGUGUUGUGGUUGACUACCUUUGGAUAAGCAAAAUUCAGAACCAUUUAAAGACCACUAUAUUCUAACUCGACAAUACCUGAUUACCAAUUACUCAUUUCCUCAGAUAAGAAGAAAUCAUCUCUACAAUGUAGACAGUGUUAUAUUUUAUAGAAUUUUAUUUUAAAUUGAGGAAGCCGUUAAUUGUGCUCUAUAUUUUAAUGAUGAUGGUGAUUCAGAUUCUACUUAUUGGCAUUUUCUUUUCUUUUUAUGACGUUAAAAAUUCAAUUAUUUUUCUCUUCUUGAGGGAUGACAGGGCUUUUAUAAGAGGAAAAACGUUUUGGAAAAGGUGACAACAUCCUGUGGCAGUGAGAACAGUUUCAUUUAUCAUUGCUUAUCCAGUAGUGGGUAAUUCAUUUGAUGGCCUCUUUUUUUGGCUAAAUGAUAAUUAAGCCAGUGGCCCCAGACUAUCAGAAGUUGACUAUCUACCUUUGCAUUGCCAUUAAAAAAUCAUGGGAAAAAAGAAUCAUGGAAACUUGGGAGAAAAGAUGUGUUUUCUUCUUAGCAGAUGACCAGGCUGAGAAGGAUGUGGUGGGAAAAUGUUUGUCACGUUUUCUUUUCAUUUGAGUCAUUGUCUCGUAUUUAGGGGGGGGAAAAAAAGCGCAUGUGUGGAUAACCAACCAGUGUCGUGGUUAUCAAUUGUUGGUGACAAACCACCCCCAAACGCAGCGGUUGAAACAAUACUUCUCUUGUUUGCCUCCUCCCUGUUCUUCAGUCUGGGCUGGGCUCCGCUGAGCUGUUCCUGUCCUCUCACUGGUGUUGCCCGUGUGGUCAGGGGUGGGUGGGCUUCUCUCUGCAGGUGCCCGGCCUUUCCUUCUGCGUGCGAUGGCUCCAAGUGGCCUCGCCAGUAGGGUAGCUGGCCGCCUACAUGGCCACCCAGAACUUCCACUGCCCUCUCGUGAUUAAAGCAUCCCAGGGCCAGCCCAGAUUCGGGAAGGGGGAUGGCACCAGGGCAUGGAGUGGAGAGGUGUGAUCCACGGGGGGCCCCCGGAGUAAUGGGCUGUCAGAAGCAGUGCCACACGAGAACAGCAAUGGUUAGAAGGAGAAGCUGCUCAUGACCUUGGGAAGUGGAAGCUGCUUGCGAUUGCUGGUGUAAGCUGGAAGUCAGACUGACAAAUAGAGGGCCUUCUAGAAGCUUCCACAUGUGCUGGCUCUGAGCAUAUUUUCUGAACCAGCACUUUGGGAAACUGGUCCCUAAGGAGGGCUGUGUUGAGGGGGCAGGGCAUCUGAACGCAGAACCACCCCACCCCGAGGCUCCGGCGGAGGGCGGCGCAGGCGGCGCAGGCGGUGCUUCCUCCCCGCGCGCGGGUUCAUUCCGACGUCGCCGCCCCUCUGACUGAAUUAGCAGUGGCUCAUUUUUGUUCUAGUCAAGCAGUAGGAUUUGCUACCGUUCUACCUGAAGUGCCUUCUCCAAAGACAUCCUCUUUGCCCUGUGUGUGGAAUCAUCCUUCGGUGAGUGUGUUUCAGUGAAAGAAUCACUGGUUGACUUUGUAAAGACGGUAAAGUGCCAUGGCGGCUUGGCCAUUAGGUUACGGUCUCCUUGCGCAGUCUUCUUGCUUUGGCUCCCGACCGGUCCAGCCCCUCAAGUGCUUCGGUUCUGAGGUCUUUAACUCCCGUGAAGUCUUGAGGUAGUUUGGGAACUGCCUCCGCCGCCAUUUUCACAGACAAAAUGCACAUUGACGCCCCCCCCCAACACCCCCCCCCAACCCAGUGAACCUAGAAUGGCUUUAGAACACUGGUGUGGCCCAAAGGUAAUCACCUUCUAAGGGGAAUGUCAGUGACUACUGUCUUCUUGUCAAGCCUGUAAAGCAAGAGAUUCCAGUUCAGUAUUUGCAACAAGGGUCUUGAAUCCUACUCCUUUUAUUGCAUUGUCGCCUUGAAUUCUCCUCCUUUGCCUUGAUUUUGUGCUAUAGUUGAGACUCUGGACUUUGAGGGCAAAGUCUUUCACCAGCAUACAAGGGUUCGAUUGUACAAAUUUACCUGCUGCAUUAAUGUCUCUGCCUGUAGCUUAAGAUGGAGUUGUUCCGUGCUCGGAACAGAAUCGCCUGAUCUAGGCUAGCUUUGCUUGUUACAGGACAUUGAUUUUAUUUAGAUUUCCCUCCACGAAGUCAGCCAGCUAUCAUGUUAUGUAAACCUCUGCCAAGACAAGAUUGUCAUAGCCCCUAGGUUGCUCAGGUUUGUCAUGUGUCCGGUGAAAAGGGGAUUGCAGGUUCUCAGAUGAGAUUCCUCUCCACGAGAUGGAAUCGGGGAGAGGGGCGAUGAAAAUGUGGGGAGCUGGAGGUGCAGGUGUUAAAAGUUAUGGAAAUGGAAGUUCCAAAGAGGUGCUUUGUGAGGAGGUCAGAGGUGUGGGGCCUGCGCGGUCAGAACUUGAAUAGGUUGAUCAGGUUACCUGGCAAGUAGGUGUGAUAGAUACAGGGAUGAAGUCUGCUCCUGGAUUGCUGGUAGACAUUAAAUUUGCACAAUAUCCUGUAGCUGGUUGAGUAUUUUAAAAUGAUAUUCAUAGGGUUUUUGUAUUUGGGGUGAAGAAAUUAUCUGACACAUGGUAUUGGGGUUUCUUUUUUAAAAAAGCCAAAUUUCAGAGUCCUAAGAGCUUUUUAAAAAAAAUAUAUAUAUAUAAAGACACCUCACCUCCAGUGGGUGACCCUCCUGAAAAUCAUGGUCGUCUCUCCCAUUGAAUCAGUGACUUUUCAGAGGUGGCAAAAUGGGCAUGAGAAAAUUGCCGUCCGACUUUCUUGGUGUUUGUACAUUCUUUAUGGAGCCCAGUUGCUUUGGAACAGCCAAGAAGAUUAUCAAGGUUAUUUUUAGGGGUACCUUUACUGGGGAUCUGAAGAACUAAUAUAACAUCCUGGGUUAUUUCUAGUUUGGGGGAAUGUGGAAAGGUAUGCAAUUGUGAAGUGUUUUGUUGUAGUUUAUUAAUCCAUGAGGGGAACUUAGACUGUAGACAUAAGGACACACCCAGUGCAGUUUCUGUUUUCUGUAUGUUGUUGGGGGAAUAAAGUUUUAUAUAGCAAGCACAUGGCCUCCCUGAUUUCAUAAUGCCUUUAUUAGAAUCUGUAAUAGCCCUUAAUGUUGUUGAAACCUUUCUCCCUCUUCCUCCUGAAAAUACAGUUUAUUGUUUCUUCUAUCAUUGAAAAGUUUGUUCUUUUUUCACUAUGGGCAGUUCACACAAGGCAAAAAUAUUAAACAGUUGGUUUUAGUGUGUUGUAUGACUUUACUGUAUAUCAAACUAAUUUUUACAAGUUUUCAUCCUAAACCUCAAAUCAUGUAAUUAAUAAUUUGCCUGUUUAUUUAUGACAUAAUUGUGAUUCUUUUAUUAAUAAAAGCUAAUGGAAAAGGAUCCUUUAUUAAGCUGAUGACUAGCCUACAUUUAAUUUUCCUGCAGUAUAUGAAGUAUUGUACCAGAGUAUUAAAAGAUAUGUAAUAUUUUAUUGAUAAAUCUGUCCUUUAAAAGGAAUACGUUUUAGGAUGUCAUCAUUUUGAUGUGAAUCAUGUAAAUGUUGAUAAUAUGCACUGUUUAUUAUACAUUUAGUGUUUCGAGAGAUUCACUUAAUUGCCUUUUUGCCCAUGUAUUAUGUAGUCUGUUUGCAAUUGUUUUUUUAAAAAAAUGACAUGAAAGGAAUAGUUUAUGUAGAGAAACAUUAGUGGAUGUUAAUUGUCUCCCCACCUGUAUUUAUGGGUGUUAGUUCAGUUGCAUUGCUAGUUGCAAAGCCGUAUUAUCAGAGUAAACGUGUAUUUGUAAACUGUAUGGGAGCUAAAAAUUAGGAAUAAAACCAUUUUCUUA